AUGAUUAAGGCGUUAUCAAGUAGUAUUUUGUCUAGAAAUCUGCUGAGCCAAUUUGGGGUGAACACGCGACAGCCGGUGCGUUGCAGGAGGCCCUCUCCCUGCGACGUCUGCGCAUUCCCACCAGAGAAGAGGCCAUGUUUCGACAUUCGCAAUGUGACAAUCGAGCGGGGGAAUCGAUGCCACGCCAAGUUUAUCAGGUCCUUCCUCUACAACCACUUCUGGCCCAGGGAGCCCAGCGUCGUGGGACUGUGGAUGGACCUCAACUGUCCGUACAUAGAUGUCCUCACCGACAAGUAUUCCCAUUCAGGUGAUAGGUUCAUAGCCUACGAGAAAAUCCCAAGAACCGGUGAGAGGAAGAUGAUAGGAGUUCUAAUAGCCAACAAACUAUUUCCAUGGGCUGCUGACGAGCUGGAGGAGUGGGCUCAUUACACCGCAUCGAGGCCAGAGCGCCACCGCAUGUACUUCUGUGCCCAUUGCAUCAGGAGUCCGAAUCUUUUCACCAAGUACAACAUAAACUUCAUUUAUGAUGUGGAAGUUCUAGUCACGGCAUCCGAAGUGACUGCCCAGGGGGUGGGCACCCUGUUAUUGAAGACUGCCAUAGACAAUGCGUAUGAGCUCAGAUACCCAUUGGUGCAAGUUGUUGCAGUCAGCCAGUAUACUGCAAGAAUCUGCGAGAAAUGCGGCAUGAAACGGGAAUGGGAGAUGAGCUACACCGACUUUGUGGACGACUUUGGCCAGCGGGUGUUCUUCCCCCGCAGCCCUCAUCACACUGUCGCCAUCUAUGUCAAGUACUUCGAUCCCAAAAUUGGAGCAAUUGUGCCGUGCAAGCCGCAACUUAUGUGA